AUGUCGGAUCAUCAGUGUACCGAUAACCCGCCUAAGCUGGAUCCAAAUAGCGGGUCGGGUCACGUCGAGAAACUCGCCGGCCUCGACACCUACGUCUCUGGUUCCGUUCAUUCAAACCUCGCCGUUCUUCUCGUCUCUCAUGUUUUCGGAUAUGAAACUCCAAACUUAAGGAAACUUGCUGACAAAGUUGCAGAAGCUGGAUUUUAUGCGGUGGUUCCUGAUUUUUUCCGUGGAGAUCCCUAUAAUCCGGACAAUCAUGAACGACCACUUCAAAUCUGGAUAAAAGAUCAUGGACAAGAUAAGGGUUUUGAGGACUCAAAGCCAGUAGUUGAAGCGUUGAAGAACAAAGGCGUAACUGCAAUUGGAGUAGCAGGUUUCUGUUGGGGUGCAAAAAUCGCGGUAGAAUUGGCGAAGCAAGAACUUGUUGAAGCUGUUGUUCUGUUACAUCCUUCUCGUGUUACGGUGGAUGAUAUUAAAGGGGUCAAGAUUCCAAUUUCUGUACUAGGAGCUGAAUUCGAUCAAGUGUCACCUCCAGAACUCGUGAAGCAAUUCGAAGAUAUUUUAGCUACUAAACCCGAGGUGAAGAGUUUUGUGAAGAUAUUCCCAAGAGUCACACACGGUUGGACUGUUAGGUACAACGCGGAUGAUCCAUCAGAAGUUGAAGCUGCAGAGGAGGCUCACAAGGACAUGCUCACUUGGCUCAUCGACCAUGUCAAAUGA